GCAAUAUAUCAGUGACGACUUUUGCGACAGAAAUAAUCCUUUAAAUAAAACCAAACUCGGUUCUUGGGAUUCUAGUUGCAGAUGCUAACCGUGACUUGACCGGAACUUGAAACAUAAUCGGCACCUCAAGAUCAAGCAGAACCCUCCCUUAACCUGAAGGACUCCAUCUUCAACAACCUGCCAAUUAACUGUCAUCUUGGGUUAAAAUCUUAGGAGCAAAGAGCUAAGGAAGAUUGGAUAUGGCAACUAGACGUGUUCGAUACACCCCUCUUGCCACGGAUGAGGAUGAUUAUGUUGGUGAUAGAAAUAGACCAUUUGAUCCUCGAUUUGAUUAUACGCCAAAAGCCUUGGAUAGAGUUCCCUGGAAAUCCAUUGCCCUUGCACUCUUCCUGUUAUUUCUCGGUACAGGACUUCUGUUCCUUUCAUACUUUAUCUUCACUGGUCAUAUGGGGGGAGAACGUUCUCAAGCAUAUGGCCUAUUAGCCCUUGGGUUUCUUAGCUUUCUCCCAGGGUUUUAUGAGACUCGACUUGCUUAUUACGCAUGGCGGGGUGCCAAAGGAUACCGCUUUUCUGCCAUCCCUGAUUAUUAGAGCACUUUACUUCAGUUGUCUUGUGGAUAAGGUUGCAGGUUCUGUUGAAGGAAUAACCAAUUUUCAUAUUUAAAGUGAAUAUUUAAAGCUACACUUCCUUUUCCAUUUCUUCUAUAGCUUCCACUUUCUUAUAAUGACAAUCGCUGUCAAUUAUGUAUGAUUACUUAUUAAACUAUCCAGGGCUUAGAUCAGAAAGAACUAGCUUGUAUAAUAGUUUUAUGCGGUGGACCAACACAGUACACAAUAUAAUUGCUAUUUAGUUCA